GCAGCCUCUGUGUUCUCAAACUCGACCACGAUACUUCCCUAACAUUCGGCUGCUGGCGGCUCUUGAACUGAGCCUCGGCCUCAAAGAUCAGUACGAAAGGACCGCAACCCUCAUUUCAGCAGCUCGCAGGCUCGAGCCACUUCCCACGCCCCUCCAACGCGACUACCUGAACGACCUCUUAAUAUGUUCGAAGACGUGUUCUCGGAAGAAUGGAGGAAGCAGUGGACGUACAGAACGCUGCCGGACCUUGAGAAUGGAAGCUUGGUGGUGAUCUCCUUCCUGCUCACAUCCGCUGUAAUCCUCAGCUUCCAAACCCUGAUCAACGUCCUCAAAGUCCGCUCGGAGCUCUCAUCCUCUCCCUCUUCUCAAUCAUCUAUUCUUCUCUCCACCCGCGAGGCCCUCCUCCACCACUUCUCCAAGCGCCAAUUCGCAAUCUCAGUCCUCUUCACCCUUCUCGCAACCUGUAUCUGGACCGUAGACGUCAUCCUCGGCAGCUGGGAGAUCUAUGAUGAUGUCUCCAACAAAGACACGCAAUACCCCGAAGGCUUCUGGUUCCAACUUGGAAUCCGCGUCAUGGGAAUGAUGUGUGUGCUUAUCGCCACCAUGAUCGCUGUGCCGUUGGUGCAGAUUGUGGGAUUCGGGCUGUGGAUGCAAUCCAAGAUUCGCUCAACCUGCGACGGUAGCGCGGAUAAUGGCGAAGUCAUGAUCUCUUCCGCAGCAGUCCGCAAGUUGUUGCCCCAGGCGAGGACCAUCGCAACGUACUUGCAGCUGUUCUGGUCUGCUGCAUUCUUUUGUAUCGUGGCAUUCUGGUCGCCGAUGGCCCCAAACUUCAUCAUUCGAUCUGUGAUUCUGCAGGGCGCUGUUGGGAGCGUCAAUGCAUGGAGUCAUGCGAGCUUCGGGCUGAUCUGGAACGGAGAGAAGCUGAGGCAAGAGGUUUUAGAGGAGGAUGUGAGGAGAUUGGGAGCGCGAGGUAUGACAGAGAAGUGUUUGGGAGAGAUGAAGAGGCUUUAUGUGGAUGAGGAGAAGGAGGCGCUGCUGCCAAAGUAGAAGACGGAAUGGAAACAGGAGGCGAGAUCUGGGUUGAUGAGAUUGACGACUGGUGAAGAAGAAUGACCUACUGCGCUGUGGCGCAACAACUGCGAUUGCUAUCGCGAAUACGAUGGGAAGACUGGAACAUCGACCCUUGGAGACGCUCUACAGUACACGGCGUAAUCCUAUUUUCGUAAUUCUUUAUCCUUUGAAUCAGCUCCUUGGCUGUCAGUGAAACUGAGCAGAAGAAGCCAUGAAUGCAAUUUCUUUGCAGUACACGAUCUUCACGCGUUCGUAUGUCCUUCCUCUCACUUGCUUCAACACUCAUAAUCGCCUCCUUCGAGCCUUGGAGAAGCUUCGCUUCAGUGCCUGGAUGUUUCCAUGGCCGACGUUCCUCCGGCCUUCGUGGAGGAGGCCGCCCGUUUCUCGAGUACGGCCACGUCUCACUGGUCUCCAAGUCUGCGCUAUUGAUGGGCAUCACGCUCGCUCCAGCCCAGGUGUGGCCCGGUGCAAAAAGCCCCGCCAAUAGCGCUACAGUGUGCAUGCGCUGUC